AUUGGUGUCGUGACGUAACGCGUCGUAACAUGCACGCACAGUCCGAUGGUGAGACGUACAGCAUAAUAUUUUGAGAUUCGAAAGCACAGCGGAUGAUAUUAUCGGAUGCAAGGGUUGUGUAUAUUUUUUUAAGAAGAGGCACACUUCGAUAUGGGCAUGUGCGUGCUUUUAUUGAAGGACCGAGCAAGCUGACUCGACCGCGUGGUUUGCUGUUCAGCCUCGCUUCUGAUUCACCCGCCAUUCGACACUCACUGGUCGACGUGCACGCGCCGCACGUCCCCCUCUUCGGCCUUGUUGAGAUAUAUGCGACGUUCAUGAUUCAGAGUGAGAGCUGGCGACUUCCGGCAAUGUGAGCAACACGACCUUUGGCGACUGUGUGGGCAUGUCCAGUGACGCAACAAAGUUGAGAAGUUUAACUUGAUGCAGAUUUGGAGCGACUUGGUGCAGCGACUGCCAAUGGCAGUGAAGACAGUAGAACGCAUGUGAUCCGUAGCCUCUCGUGUUCUCUAGCAGAAGUAGCGCCAUUGCAGCAAGCGCCGCUUAAGCCUCUGGAUGUGGAAAGAUCAGAUGUGACCUGAGGUAAAAGAGACAGCAGCUCUUCAGAUGACUUCCUCGGUCACAUGGCCAUUCCACACAAUCAGGCCAUAAUGGUGCUUCGUCAGGAGGGCACGACUACAUCUACGGUACCUCAAACAUCUGCUUGUUCACUUUUUGUUGUCGUCAACCAGCUACAUCCUGCUGGUGGAAUGCAGGACAAACAAACUCUAUUUGCUAGUACGGAAGCCAGCCCUUUGGCCAAACCCACUCUUGGUUCAUGUGUAGCAAGCCUUAAUAAAGUAUCAUCCAUGUCUUUGUCAGCUAUGGCAGCUACCAACACCAGUAACCAGCUAUGUAACUUACCAGCAGAGUCUACAUGCAAAGGAAUCACAGUCACUUUGGACAACAAUAAUAUGUGGAAUGAGUUUUUCAGAUGUCAGACUGAGAUGAUUCUAACCAAGCAAGGUCGUAGAAUGUUUCCUUGUUGUCGUUUCCGUGUCUCCGGAUUGGAACCUUUCCAGAGGUAUACCUUAGUAAUGGAUAUGCAACCAGUGGAUAAUUACCGCUACAAAUGGAGUGACAGACGAUGGGAGACCAAUGGGAAAGCUGACCCACACAUUUUGCGCUCCUUUGUACAUCCCGAUUCACCCGCUACUGGUUUAGACUGGAUGCAAAAUCCUGUUUCCUUUUACAAACUAAAGCUUACCAAUAACCUCUUGGACCGAGAGGGCCAUAUUAUCAUAAACUCUAUGCACCGGUACAUUCCCCGUCUUCACGUUAUUCCUGCAGAUAAAGCUAUGGAUGUCAUUCAGCUAGAUGGGCCUGAUGUUGUAACAUUUAGUUUUUCUCAGACAGAGUUCUUUGCUGUCACAGCUUACCAGAAUUUGUCCAUCACCCAGCUCAAAAUUGAUUACAACCCCUUUGCAAAAGGUUUUAGGGAUGAUGCUAACAACUCCCGAUGUUGCAAGCCCAAGAGUGCCCUGUCCACGGAAAAACUGGAGAGUGAGGUCAAAUCCAGCAAAGAGGCUACAGCCUUGAAUAAUCUCAAGUCCUUGUUCGCAAAGAUGAAUGCUUCAGAAAAGGUCACUACCAAUUUGGACCUUAAAACUGUUCAUUGUGAUGGUCCAAAGAGAGUUGAGCCUGAGAGUUCUAGCAGCAGUAUGAAGCGUCCAUGGCCAGGGGGGCUUUCUGAACUAAUUAAGGGAGCUCAUGUUAAGGUAAAAAGGAUAUCCCUUGAGAAAAUCCAUAAUGGCAGUAGCCAGCAAAUGAAUAUUGAUGGUCUGGUUUCAAAAGUGAACAAUAUGGAUGUUGCAUCUAAGGACUGCACAUCUGAAAACAUCUCAAUCCCUGAUGUUACCAAGGAGGGAACGGAAACUGUAUCAUUUUCAAAAAACUCAGACUCAUCCACUUUAAAAAAUACAACCAAGUCAUUUUCUCCAACUAACCUGCAGUGCAAGCUGAACAAAACUACUUCCAACACACCCUUAAAUGAAAAGAUGGCCACAAUAUUGAGUGAAACGGAAACAUUGACUGAUGAAAAGUUGAUCAAUGAGGAAACCUCACAGUGUGUUGUCAAACCUCUUGACUGUGGAGGAGAAGUGAAGAAGAAGCGGGCUGAGCCUGUUCCACUACCGCUUCUUGCUCUAUUUCUACAGCAAUUGAAGUCAAAAACAAGACCCACCAGACCAAAGCCAAAAUCUGAAGCUUGUGGUGUGUCAUCACAAUCUGAUAAAUCUUGUCAUGAUACUUCAGUUGCUGAAAACAUAUUAUCCUCCACAGCAUCCUUUACCCCGUCUCUUGACACCCAGUUGAAUGUACAACCAGCAGUUUCCCCAACAUCUCAAACCAUUACAACGUCCAUUUUAACAUGUACUGUAGCAAGCACUGAACAUGAAACGAUCUCAACACCAAAUUCUGCCGGUGAUGCUGCUACUGCCACGACAGCCAGUGUUGUUCGUGAUACACUGCAACUGUCCACACAUAAGAACGUAUCUGCUACUACCUCUGCAUUUGUACAUAAUGUCAAACCCAACACUAGUUUUUCAGACACCACACAUAACACUAAGAUUGUCUCAGUAACCUUAGAUGAUGCCUCCCCUGGAGAUGCACCUAGCUGUGAUCCUAAAGUUUUUCCAGCUACCACACCUGAUGCUCCCGGUAAUGAACUUGUGCAUAGUAAUGUCACUACUGACAAAUCCACCACAGAGCCUGCUCAUGAUUCCUGUACAGUUCCAUGUCCAGAGGCUGUUCCAUGGUCCCCAUCUCCAGGGGUUAAAACUCAGUCUUCACCAUCUUGUGCACCAUCCUCUCCAUGCAUGUCCGCUCCAUCCUCCCCUGACCCAUUUCCACCAAGCAUGUUCUCUGAUAGACCCAUACCUCCUAGAAAGACACUUGACCCAUUUCCACCUUGCUUAUCACUCGAUAGACCAAGACCAUUAUUAGAGCUGGCGGACCCAUUACCACAGAUAUUUUUCACAAGACCAACACCACCUGAAGACCCAGGUCCAGCUGUUUUUAGUAUUACUAGUGAGGUGAACUGUCCUGUAGUUUCCCCUGACCCUAACAUACCAAAGGAAUUAAAACCAUCCCUGAAGACUAGUAAAGGCACAAAACGCAAGGUGAAACAAAAGAAAAGUGGGAAGUCAAAGCUGAGUGAAGAUGCAGAGGUGAAGGAAGUCCCCAUUCCUGUCCCAAUGCAGCCCAUCCUUGAAGAUGUGGAGGGUCAAUUGUUUGUUUCCUUCAUGUCAAAGAAAGCCCUUGAAAUUCAUCUUGGAGAUGAAGCUAAAGAAGAUAUUGUAGAGAAAACGACAGAAAACAUUGAGGAUGAAGUCCAUGAUGAAGAGGAACGCAUCAAUGCUCUUGAAAAGGUCCUUCUGCGUGAUUUAACAAAUAUGAAAAACAGACAGGUCAUUCAUCCAGUUCUGCAAGCAGUUGGUCUGAAGCUGAAUCUUUUGGAUGUUACGCUGUCUAUUGAUCUGCAGUAUCUGGGUGUAUGUUUACCUAUACCUCCACCUAUUCACUUACCUGAGGGAAGCUCAGGGACUUGCUCAUCACAGGUUCACUUUGUUUCUAGAACAGGGAAAACAACUGACAUCACUAAAAUCAAAGGCUGGAGAGAAAAGUUUUCCACAAGUUCUUCAUCUGUUCCUAGAGUCACCACAUCCUCGGAUACAGGACAAAAGAACCUCUCUGCUUUCUGUAGUGACAUGCUUGAUGAGUACUUGGAAAGUGAAGGCAAGCUUAUUGAUGAACGAGCUGCCAGUUUCUCGCAGGCUGUUGUCACUCCUGUGGCCUACCAGCUACCCACUAAGAGCACAAGCUAUGUUCGUACACUUGACAGUGUUUUGAAAAAGCAGGCACUUCCAUUAGCAUGCGCUCUCUCUGAGCCUUCCGCAACAUCCAGAAAAACUAUGCUGAACUCAAAACGCAAUAAAGCUGUGUCGGAGGUAAAAACAAAGAAACCCAUGAAAGUUGAAAACCCAGUUUCUACCACAGACAAGAAAUCAGGGGGAACCUCUUCAAAGAAAUCCACCAAGUCUAAUACAUCAAAAUCAGGAUCAAGUGUGCAGUCUGCUGCCCCUGCCUUGUCCCAAAGCAAAAAAUCUUCCAAAGUGAAGACCAAGAAGGGAUCCAAGCCUUCACAAGAUUCUUUUCACACAGCUGAAAAGCCUGCUAAGGAUCUUAAGUCAGCGGUUCCUGCGGGACAGAACGCUUCUAGUUCCCCUGGUUCAAACCUGCCACUGGGACGCAGUUCAGGCCUACCCAAAACCCUAGUUAAACUAAGGGAUGUGGAGGACGGUGCGGUCUGGGAGGGGAAACAUCGUACCUAUAUCACCAUGGAACGGGCAGCCAUUGCUUUAUCCUGUCUCGUCACAGCAGAGGGUACAAUAAGAGGAAGCUCUUCUACGGUCAUAAAACGACGUGCACCACCUUGUCUCAAUGACUUUUGCCGAUUAGGGUGUGUAUGUGCUAGUCUCGUUCAAGAGAGGCGCCAGCACCAUUGUGGCAAACCUCAGUGCAUGCUGGGUUGUGACUGCCUUCGACGCAGAGUAGUCCUUUUGAAAAACGAGGACAUGUACGAGGAGUCUGCACCUGUAAAUGAUACAGAAGAAAAUGCAACCAAAGUGAAAAAGAAGAAAAACCGUAUAUCUUAUAUUCUUUCAGGUACUGAUGCAGCACCUGAGCCAGCCCUUCAUGUAAAAACAUUAUGGGUUCAGCAAAAUGACUCCGAUUCAGAGCAACUUUUUAUUCCUGAUCCUGCCAGGCCUCUUCACCCUCAUCCACAAUCACUAGAUCUGCAAAAAGACUUGGAGUACUUUCUUCAUGCUUCACCUAAACGAGCAGCUGUGAGAGCUGUUGAUGGGGAAGGUUUGAUCAGUGUCAAAAAUCAGGAAAGCCUGGAUUGUGCUCGUGUGAGGCCAUUCUGUGGGAGAAAACUGUCUCCUUGUAGACAAAGACGCAUGAAGGAAGGUCAUCCAGAUAAUGGUUCACAGGACUCACUGCAAGAGAUGGAGGAAGGGGAACUUCGGCCACCUACCCUGUCCGGCCCUACCAAACGGCUGGAAAUUGUGUCGAAGUGCAAGUGGGCAACAGAAGACCACAGGAACGUGGUCCUGCGUACAGUGUGUGAGCGUAUGGCACAGGACCGUCUGAAGCACCCUUUCUGGAUCGGCAAGUACCAAAUCCAACCCACGUCCAAGACUAUAAAGGAGACGGAUGAAGGAUCCAUCAUUACAUAUAAAGUGGUCAUCUCUCAGCCCCAAGUAGAGGAGAGUGAAGAGAAGAAGGAGCAAAAGAGAAUAAAGCAGCUGGAAGCUCAAUUGAUUGAAACCAUAGGAAAAAGUGAGGUGAAGGGCCUCCCGCUUCUCUCUCAGGUCACUCCAGCAGGUUUGCUAAAGGCUGAGAAAAAACCUUCUGGUGCUCUGGGGCAGAUAAUGGUCAAUGGAAAACUAUAUCCACAAGCCAAACUAGAAUUGGGCCAGAUGGGGGCUUUGCAUCCUGCCAACAGAUUGGCUGCCUAUAUCACAGGAAGAGUAUGUGUGGCUAACAAACAUGACCCUAAGGCUGUUACCACAGCCACCAAGACUUAUCAUACAGCUAGUACCACUCCCACUAGUGUGGCCACAACAACUGUUACCAGCACACUUUCUUCAGCUGUUACACUCGACAAGCCCACAGUGACUAAGCAGCCUAUGGGAAAAGAGGUUGAGAUCAGCUCUGUAAAUUCCCAGCAGAAAACGGCAACCAGAGCUAGUACAUUACCAAUGCAGAGCACUGUUAAAAAUCUCAUCAUUCCUUCUUCCUCUAUGUUGACUGGAUCCACUGGGAUUUCAGUGUCCAUUAACAUGCGACCAAAGGCAAGCAUAGCUUCCCAUGCGUCUCCUGCAUCUGGUACUACAGAUGGCUCUAUCCAAGUGGUUAAGGCAAUAUCUGGGUCAGCGGCAUCAGAGAAAUCUUUUGUGCUCAGUACAGCUGGAUCAAAUGUAGCGCUCUCUGGUAGUGGAAUAAGGUUGAUGCAGCCUCAAACUUCCACUUGCCCAGCUGUUCCUGGCCAGAGGAUUGUGAUGUUUAAGGCAGCUAAUCCUGCUGGCCGAGUCGUUCAUUUUGUGCCUCUCGGCCAAUUCAGGGCCCUCAAUCCCAACGUCGUCGUACGUCCUCAGCAGGCCACUCUAAUCCGUUUACCCACCCACAAUCCAGUCCCUCUGAGUAAGUCUCAAACCUCCACAACUGCCGCUUCAUCCACAGCUCCUUCUUCUGCGACACAAGAUCAGCAUAUGGCCCCAGUACAAAGUAUAACUAGAGACACUAUCACAACAAGCAGCACCUCCCCUAUUAAUACAAAACCAGUCACCUCUCUCUCAGGCUCAAAGACCUUACUGUUUUGUAACAAACCAAGUACAGUAAAAAUUAUACCAGGAUUUCUUAGGGAUACUGCCACAAGCACUUUAAGAAUUCUACCUAUGAAAGCUGUUGAGACUAAAACGGUUAAAGAUCCGAGAAACACAUCUUCAGAAUCAUCAGCUCAAAGCUCUUCAGAGGGUCACCCUGAAAAUCAGGGCUUACAGCUCACUUCCCAAAGCUGCUUAACCCCUAAGAACCAAGAAUCUCAAAAAUUAGACAACCCUAUCCACACCAGCCCUACACCAACCAAGGAAUCAUGUGACGAAGACUCCCAAUGCUCCAAAAUGUCACCUGAAAAUGUGAUUUUUACAGACCACUCCUACACAUUUGAAAUGAAGAAGACAAGCACACCAUCUAAAAAAACUGUUGAUGUUUCUAAAGAUGGCUCUGAUCCUGCAAACAGCUCUACAUAUCACAUGCUCCUCAAGGAAGUGCUGGAUUUGGGUCCUGUUGAAGUUGAGAAUUGUGGUACCAGUGGUGCUGUCCUAGGCACUGAGAGUGGUGUUGAAUCUAAAGCGGAAUCGCAUCUGAUGGAAGAGGAUGUUAAUUCAGACUGCACAGAAUUAACAGAAGAUUCAGACAUGUAUAUUGACACUGACUCCUGCCAGUCCAGUGACCAGGAGGAUCUGUGUGUAGUCAGUGAUUCUGAUAGAGAAGAAAAGAAUAAGAAGAAACAAGAAUUUAUUGAUGCACAAGUGCAGAAUUUGACUGAGAUGGAUGAUGAUGAGCUGGUUGAUAUUGAAACGUUUGAGGAGGAAGCUGAGAAGAUCUCUGCACUAUCUGAGCAGAUACAGCAUGACAGCUUUCAAAAUCAGUCAUCAGACAAGGAGACAAAUGAAAAUUUGUUUAAACUUAGGAAGAGGAAGGACGAGAAGAGGAGACGCAUUACACUGAGGAAUUGUUUUCAAAAUCUGAAGCAGGCUCUCAAUAUUGAAGAUCCUAAAGUUCCCAAAAUAACGUUACUCUCAGAGGCCCUGGAAGAAAUUAACCGUCUUACCAAACGAGGAGAUCACUUGGUGAAAAUGUGGGACAAGCUGAGAAAGAAAAGAGCUUACUACAUUGAAAUGGCAUCCCAGUUAUCUGGAAAAAACAAAGCCUCUAUCUCUCAGAAGUUGGAUGAAAUCAUUGCUAAGCAGAAAUCUGUAGAGAUUGAAGACAAAGGAAAUGAUACCAGCCUUAACCUUAAAAAGAGAGUUCCUAAGCAUUCACACAGGAACGUCAGCGCAAAACAGAAGAAAACUGGUACCAAAGACAAAGCAAAACACCUUAGCAUUAGGAAACAGAAACAUCUGGGAUUCAAGGGCCGAAGAACAGAAAAUAUCAGCACUAAUCAGAAAAUGACUGUGGCCAAACUAACUGACACUCACCCAACACCACAGCUAGGAAAAUGUCCUUUACCCAGUCCAAUAUUACGUGAGAGAACAAGGCCGAACAUCCUGUCCCGCAGCAAUUCUCAAACACUGGCUAAUGAUCAAGUGCUUGUUCCUCAAGUGAUUCCACUGGUGGAAGCAGUAGUGCCAUGCAAUCAGAUCAUUACUAUAAGUAACCCUCUUCAGCCCAUUGACAUCACUUCUUUAGGGGAAAGGCAAUCAACCACACCAGGUGUUGCAACGGUGUCCAUAUCUCUUCCUCCCAUCUCCCAACCGCAAUGUGUAGAGAAUCCACCUCCCAUAUUACAACCACAAGUUCUUAAACUGACCAACAGCCUUGUUACCACACCAGUUGUUGAUAUAAGCCUCCCCAAGUUUUCCAGUAUUGUUUCUUUGGUACAGUCAGAAAAGCUGCUUGUUACACCUCCAUCUGCAGCAGACAUGCAGACACAGGCAGCAUGUAACUCUUCAGCUGGGGAGGCUCAGCAGAAUCCUUCUUCUGAUGAACCCACUCUGGAAGAGGAAAAACACCUGGACAAACAGCUUCCAGAGGUUGUGCCCAAAAAACCUGAGCAUGAUGUCAAGGUCACGAUAGAAGAAGAUCCAAAAAAGCAAAACGAAGAUGAAAAGAACACACCUAAACCUGAGCAAGAAGAUGAUCGCCUGAUGUCAUUACUCGAUGAGCUUGAUUUCCUCAGUCAGACCUCUGAACUACAAGAAGCAGCUUCGAGUCUGACAGAGGAAGAUGUACUGACAGACCUGCUCACUAAUAAAGAGGUAGAUAUGGACAGAGAUGAUGAACGCUCUCUCAGUCCUCUGUUUCUCAAACUAGAUGAGGAUCUUGUAUCACCCACCUCAAAGGAUGAGGAGAUAGAGGACAUUCCUCCUAAGGUAGAUGAUCUUGUUAAGGUUAUAUUCGGGUCCGAAUCUCCUCCCAAUUCUUCAGAAUCUGAGAUUUUUUCAGCAGCCGGUGAUGACUGUACUCGUGUUUCAGCAUGCCAUGUUAAAAAUGAUGCUCCAACUCCACCCCCUUUGCUGCAGAUGAAAACUGGAGGGUGUACUACAGCAGACUCUCUAAAAGAGCAGGCCAACUUAUCAUGGCGGCCAAUGCCAAAGCUUGCUCCUCUGGGACUAAAGACUCAGGAGACUGGGCACCCUAAAUUGAUCAGUCCUCAUGCCCCCAAAUCAGACUCAAAGCUGCCUAGUCUUCAUAACACACAUGUAUAAUAACCAAAUCAUCAGGGAUAUCCAUUGUUUUACCUGGACUCGUAUACCUUCUUACAUAGGACUGUUAUUUAUUUGUUUCUGAGUACAUUUCAUUAUAUCUUGCUUCAACAAGAACUACCUAUUGUGCCUCUAGUAGAGCCAAAGAUGUUUUGUUUGGAGUUCUGUGAGUGCAAAUGAUUUGACUGUUGGAGAAAUUGUUAAUCGUCCUUUUAUUUUAGAAGAUAAGAGGAAGGCAUUAGAGUGAGCAAAAUGACAAUAGUUUUGUGUAUAAUAAUGUAAAUGUUGUAAAAAGCCAACACUAAUGGUUCAGUAGGAAAUUUGCAUAUUGAAUUGUAUAGUACCAGAUGCCUUAUAAUAGGCCAAGGCAUUUUACCCAAUGGAUGUGAUUAAAAUAAAACAAAAAACAAUGGUGCAGUGGAUGUUGCUUAAUUCCCCAGUAUUUUGUCAAGCUGUAAGCUAAAAGAAGCAGGCUGCCAACAUGUAUAAUCAACCCAGUCUUGAUAACUAUUUUUGCCAUGCAAGCUGCAAUGAAAGCUGCAUGAAGAAAGCAGACCAUCGGUAAUAAUAAUGUAUUAAAUAAUGCAAAAUGGUUCUACACUUGAACAAUGUUUUAAUAGGAAUGCAGAAAUGUUAGUCUUUAAGAAGCAAACAGGACCUUGGAGAACUUACAACAGUCAUUGUUGAUGUGAUGUUAAUAAUGCUGUAACGCACUUCCUAUCCAGCAUGGCACCUGUGUACUUCAGGCAUGAUUUACUUGUGCUUUAAUGGUGCUUUUCAAAAUACUGUGCCAGUGAAUUUUUUAAAUUGAAAGAGUUUAAUCAAGCUUGUUAAUUCUUUGAAACAUUCUAAUUGAUUUUUUCUUAAUUUUUAACCCUUCAUUUAAGCAAUCAGUGACACUUUUACUCUUGAUUAUAAAAACUUUAAGUCUGUGUUCUUGGUUGUUGUAUUUUGAAAUUUUGUAUGGCAUUUUAAAGGUUUUUGUUCACUGUA